AUGUCUCAGUUCAGCAAAGAAGAGCUUUCAUUUGUUAAAGAAGUGCCUGAACAGAUUGAGAUAGAGUGUCCAGUUUGUCUUAAUAUCUUGACAGAUCCUCAUCUUGUGACUUGCUGUGGACAUAAUUUCUGUGGCUCUUGUAUUGAGAGAGUAAAAGCUGGUGAUGGAUCCUGUCCUAUGUGUAAAAAGAAGGAAUAUCAAUCAUUUAUCGAUAAGAAGUGUUCACAUAUUAUCAAUGGAUUGGAGGUCUACUGCAGUAAUAAGGAGAAAGGAUGUCAAUGGAAAGGAGAAUUGAGGAAUAUGUCUACUCAUCUUAAUAAAGAAAAGAGAGAAGGAGAAUGUCAAUAUGAAGAAGUAAAGUGUCUAUAUAGAAAAUGCCAAGAGAAAAAGCAGCGUAGAUAUCUUGAGGAUCAUGAAGAUAAAGAAUGUCCUCAACGUCCAUUUGGAUGCCAAUACUGUGGAGAAAUUGGUACUUUCCUCUCUAUUACAAAGGAUCAUUAUGAGGAAUGCAGGCAGUAUCCUGUUCCUUGUCCCAAUAAAUGUGUGUCUACUAAUAUGCCACGAGGUAGUCUCACUGAUCAUAUCAAAGAGUGUCCAUUAGAGCCAAUUCAAAUGGGAAAUAAAGCAGCAGUUCAUUUCUAUACUGGUGCAUGUGGACGACACAUGUCAGCUAGAAUACUAGGUUCAGGAUGCUGGUGUGAUGCUGUACUAUUUGCAUUUCAUAAAGGAAAAUUUGAUAAAUAUAAUCCAAAACUACCCAAUAUAUUUUUGAAAUAUCAGCCUCCUGGUAUAGAUGUAGAUCCAUUUAAAGUCUUAGACGACACUGAAGCUACUUAUGAGGUAUUACCUGAUGAUGUGCUGGAUACCGUCACCGGCAUUGAUGAUAUUCCACCUGGAGUUAUAAGUAGUGGUAGUGCAAGAUAA